GGUGCUGCUUGCCUUAGUUGUACUAGUUUGUUGUAAACUUUUGUUGUUUGAAAUUAGCAUUUAUUUAAUUUUCUUACUAAAUUCUUGUUGCAUCAUCACUUGGCUGAAGUUCUACACUUGUCUAUGACCAUGGAGCCUCCUGAUAAGCAACUCUUCUCAGUAAAUUCAACUACUGGUACUGCUGAACAAGCGUUCGAAAGUUACGAGUCUCCUGCUACUCUUCACUUAGGUGGCCAAUGCUCCAACAUCUAUCAGACUCAAGCCAGUGGUGUUGAUCCAGCUAAUACUUUUUGCCAAGACAAUUAUUACUAUUCCAAAAUUCCCAAUAACAAUUAUCCUGGAAACAUGUUUGGCACGUUUUUGAACUCUCCAAUUGUUUACAAUGGAAGAGCAGAUUCCUCUUCCCUUGCUUACUCCAACCCUGCUUUACCUUAUGGGUAUGUAAGUGGAGCACCUCCAGCCUACAGUCUACCUAGACCAGAGUUUUAUGGCUAUUCUGAGUCUUAUGUGAGCCCUCUGGCCCAUGACAACAUGAGAGCUAACGUUUCUCAAAGUAGUUUUGGUACUUUGUCUAAUGGGACCACUUACUAUUGCUCUCCUCCACCUGCUGACCAAUUAAAUUGGAAAGCUGUUACAGAACCUGCCCUAAGCAGUGCUGCCUCAAUGUCCAAGGUUGACUGCUCUAAUGACACUGCCGUGUUUAGUAAUGCACAUAACACACCGGCUACUGUAAUACCUGAUAAAGUUGAUGCAGAUGUUAGUCAAGUUUCUGUAGGUACCUCAGCAGCUUUUCCCAGUACCACUGCUGAGGUAUCAGCUCAGCUUGACAUGACGAUCAAGAUUAAUAUGAAAGCUCCUCACACAAAUCUUAAUUCAAUUUCUGGUGAUACCUCGCAAGGCUAUCAACAAAGUUGCAAUUACAAUAGCAACCACACUAGAGGUCCUAGGGGAGAAAACCAUGCUGGUACAAUCAGAAGAGAUAAUUUUGAUUAUAGCAGAGGUCAAGGUCGGGUAACAAGAAGUGCAAGAGGUGGUUAUCGCGGACGUGGUCGUUCUAAUGCCCAAUAUUGUGAGAACCGUGUACCCAUUGAUGAAGAGGAAGAAAUGCAAAAAGGCCGGAGAGCAGCUUUGGCAGAAGCUGCAGCAUUCAUGUCUUCUCAAAAGCCCAACAACAACUUAUCCUCAAACAUGCCCAGAGGACAAAGGAGUUUUGCUAAUAGUAAUGGAUCACGUGGUGGUAGAGAAAAAUUUGACAGAGAGCAAGAGAGACAUAGAAAUAAUGUUCGUCAAGGCGUAAGUAACCACGACGCCAUGCUACCCAGUGGAUUUGAAGAUCAAGCUGACAGGGGGAACAGGAGAGGUAAAGGCCGUGGUGGUAGGAGAGGCAGACAAGAAGAAUUUUCUGAGCAAGAAAGAAGAUAUGGAUAUGACAAAGAAUACAAAACAAGACAGGACUUGGAACGAUACAGAGAUGCAGCUGGCAGGAAAAAUAUCUUUAAGUCUGAGAGUAGAAGUCAACAGUCAUCUGAACUUGAAGAUGGAAAGCAACCUCAGCCACAUAGUGCUCAGAUUCCUGGACACCGUAUGCCAUCAAGGCCUCUCACGUUCUCCUCAAGCAGAGUAGACACUGAAGAAGAUCGAAGAAACCAGCGUGAGCAGCUCAUUGAGAUGCUAAGACGUGGCACGUACGAAUGCAUUGUUUGUUGUGACCGCAUCAAACCUCAGCAUGCGAUCUGGUCAUGCUCCACCUGCUUCAAUUGCUUCCACCUUGGCUGCAUCAAGAAAUGGGCUAAUUCUUCACAGCAAGUAGGAGAAUCAGGAUGGCGUUGCCCAACUUGCAAUGAUCAGAACACGUCUCGUCCCAACACCUACAAGUGCUUCUGUGGCAAACUGCGUGAACCCGAGUACAACCACGUGGACAUCCCCCAUUCAUGUGGGGAGCUGUGCGGCCGUCGUAAAGACGAGUGGUGCACCCACAAGUGCAAUGAACUCUGCCAUCCUGGCCCCUGCCCGCCAUGCAUGGCAUACAUCAAAAAGAGCUGCGGAUGUGGAGCCCUCACCAAGGACGUGCGAUGCAGCGGCGGCAGUGAGACUCUGCUGUGUGGAGGCAUCUGUGGUAAACAGCUUUCCUGUACAGCGCAUACCUGUCCUCUGCCCUGCCAUGCUGGUCCUUGUGCAGACUGUAAAAUUGAAGUAGUACAGACUUGCCACUGCACUCAGAGCUCUCGGACGGUGAAGUGUGACAGUGAGAGUCACGUUGUUGCGUCAUAUGAAUGUGGCAAAGUCUGUGACAAGCUUUUGGACUGUGGUCACCACAAGUGUAAACGGCUGUGCCAUGAAGGUGAUUGUGAUGAGUGCUUUUUAACUGUUGAUAAAGUCAACUCUUGUCCUUGUGGCAAAAAGCCAUUACAGGAAUUGUAUGAUGAACUUCAAGUGGGAGAUGAAUCCAAAACUGACGGAAAGAACCUUAGUAAAACUCCGACCUCAGGAAUCAACCAAAAUGAGAAUGAAGACCAGCUAGAUUUGAAUUAUUUAUCUAAUGAAGAAGAAUCUAAGGAUAUAGUAGAUUCCAAAACUGUUGUUGGGCGACAAAAAUGCACAGAUCCUAUCCCAACUUGUGGAUCAGAAUGCGGUAAAAGGCUGCUUUGUGGCAAGCCAGGAUCUUUCCACUUGUGUGCGGCUAAAUGUCAUGAAGGGCCAUGUCCUGUAUGUUCCCUCAACACUCCAGUGCGAUGUCGCUGCGGCAACAUGGACAAAAAUUUGCCAUGUGAGAAGCUCACAACUAAAGCUGAUGAAGUUACGUGCCAAAAGCAGUGUAAGAAACUGCGUUUCUGUGGGCGUCACAAGUGUGGCAUCAAAUGCUGUAUUGAUGUAGAUCAUGUGUGCCCCCUGAAAUGCGGCAAGUGGCUGUCUUGUGGCAAACACAAGUGCAGUCAGGAUUGCCAUCGAGGAUCAUGCUACAAAUGUCCAGAGGUUUCAUGGGACGACCUGAGUUGCCACUGCGGCAGCUCCUCCAUACCAGCCCCCAUACCCUGUGGCACCAAGCCUCCUCUCUGUGGAAACCCGUGUCAGCGACCGCGUGCCUGUGAGCAUCCAGCGUCUCACGAGUGUCAUCCUGAGCAGACUUGCCCCCCGUGUACCACUCUGGACGAGAAGCCCUGCUUCGGCAAACAUAAGAUGAUGCGCAGCACGCCCUGUUAUCUAACGGCCAUCUCUUGCGGCGAGCUGUGCGACGCGCCCCUACGUUGCGGUCUCCACAAAUGUCAGCGCAUUUGCCACGACGGCGCCUGCAUCACAGGCAGUGGCUCUUGCCCCCAGAAGUGCACCAAGCCACGUCCAGGCUGUGGGCAUCCUUGCAACAACCCUUGCCACUCUGGCGAGUGUCCUACUAACAACUGCAAGGAAACCGUGACGGUAUCAUGCAAGUGUGGCACGCGCACCUCCGUCAUUUCUUGCGCUGAGAACGAGCGCGAGUACCGAGCUAUGGCUUCAGUGAAGCUCGCGCAGAUGCAGCACGGCAACUCAGGGGUCUCUGUGGACCUUAGCAACAUCCUGGGCCCCAGCAAGGACAGCCUCAAGAGACUCGAGUGCAACGAUGCAUGUCACGCCAAAAACCGCAUGACCAGGCUGGCGCUCGCCCUUCAGAUAGAGAACCCCGAGUCACGGAAUAGUUUAGGCACAUCUGCCACGACCUUAGCUUUCAGUGACUUCCUCAAGAAUAUGGCCAAUAAAGAUCCCCAGUUUGCUAGCAUGGUCCACAAAGCGCUCUACGACCUCGUCCUAAAAGCCAGAGAUUCCAAGCAGAAGACCCGUAGCCACUCGUUCGCGCCGAUGCCGAGCCAAAAGCGUCAGUUCAUCCACGAGUACAGCAAGUUCUUCGGGUGCACCUCAAUGUCGUAUGACGAGGAGCCCAAGAAGAACGUCGUGGUUACUGCCCAACGCGGCAUGGACGAUACCGCCCUUGGCCACCCUGCUCUCAGAAUAUCAUGUUGUUAUGAGAACCGCAACCAGACGUUCAGGACCCAAACUGUGCGUGAAGGUCUCCUCACUAGUGAGGCUGCAGGACGUGGAGGUGCAAGUGGCAACGGCGGCUUGAAGAAACUCGAGCGGCGCGGCAGCUCAGGAAAGGACGAACCUAAACCCGUCAUCGACUAUUUCGACUUUGACGACUGA